CUUGCGGUGGAAUCGACGAGGGGAAUUCGAACACUAGUUGUAGUGUUUGAAUUGUUGAAAGAAAUGGUCGCAUGGGGAUUGUAAGUUUAACAAACAAUUUCAAAUUUUGCCGCUUGAAUUGAAAGUAAAUUUCAUUUGAAUUGCUUUCGUAUGUAUUUCUGACGGUUUUAGAUUUACCUGCUUGAUUUAUAUCGGUUACGCCUCAUGUUGACAAGUCUCUCAAAAUGGCGGCCAAACUUGGAGAUUGCCGAAAAUUAGGUAAGUUCACGGAGCUAUAAAGUUCUCGUAAAGGUCGGGCCGCAAAGUUAUUUUCUGUAGUUACCUUUUCUAUGGCACCUACUUCCUAGCUAUGUUAGUUGAAUCAGUUAAGAACGCCUCACUUUUUCAAAGAUUUACCUUGAAUUUGAUCGGUUUUGGCGUGUUUGAUUUAGGCGAACCGAUAAGGUGUCAUUCAAGUCUCCUUGUUUCCUUGAUUGAAACGUGAUGUUUACGAAAGUCGCCUCGAUAGAUAGGAUAGAGUUAAUAUACAUGGCUGUGGUAUUUGUUUUUUGCUGAGUUCCGUAGUUUUUUGUAAAUUGUCCUCCAAAGUUGUAUGAAAUUAAAGUCUUGAAAAGUGUCACGACAAGCCUUCGCUCGAGUGAAAUUUAAUUUCCGUAAAAGUCUGAAAAAUAAAGAGAUCCGAUCAAACUGAUUGUGGUUUUAGUAUAGGUACAUGAAUGUCUUACAACACACGAGAAACGAGCGAAAUCCGUGUCUCAAGCAAAAUCGACCGGACCGCUCUUACUGAGACACUCUCUUAAGCUUAGAGCCUGUUCAAGGCCACGGCAAUACAUCAUUGCGGUAGAAAAAGAGAAUUACUCAGAUAAUCACUGUCCUCUGUUAGAGAACUUGAAGCUUUCUUACUAAAAAUUGUCAACAUAAUUGUAAAAUCAAAUUUUACCUCGUUAGAACAAAAAUCUUCACCAGCUACACUUCGCAGUAUUCCGUAGAAAAAGGAGAUUAAAAAAAUCACAGCGACACAGAAUCUUCUCAUUGUGAAAAAGACUCAACUUCAAACGAAUCGGACUACUUAUAAGAGAUCGUUUAAAAACUUUAUCUCACGUUCGCAAUUUUGUUGCCAUGACGAGCCAGGCAAACCGGAUGUUAAAUUGAAAAGGUCAUAGACAGGCCUACACAGACUCCCCAGUGUGGUUUUACGUUUGCGACGCAAAAGCCUUUAAUUAAAGUUUCGCUCUGACGAGUAUGUCUUUGAGCGAUUUACCUCUUUUGUAUGAUAUAAUCGGAGGCGUUUUGUAAAUUGUUUUCAGCAGUGGCUGAUUUUGGAUGAGGUUGAAAAGGUCAUAGACAGGCCUACACAGAUUCCCUGUGUGGUUUUACGUUUGCGACGCAAAAGCCUUUAAUUAAAGCUUCGCUCUGACGAGUAUGUCUUUGAGCGAUUUACCUCUUUUGUAUGAUAUAAUCGGAGGCGUUUUGUAAAUUGUUUUCAGCAGUGGCUGAUUUUGGAUGAGGUUCCAUUCUUGCAUCAGUAUUUGUUGUAAAUUUUUAACCCCUGGGUGGUAUGCUGUCACAAAAGGCAAUAUUUUGCUUUUAGUUUUUUUGGUUUGUUUUUUAAGUGUCGACUGCCUUGCGGCAAACGAGACCUCAGAUAACGUUUUUUCAAUUAGGCUUUUUGGGUAACCACGAUUGAAAAGGUCAUAGACAGGCCUACACAGACUCCCCUGUGUGGUUUUACGUUUCGUGGGGUUUGGUUGCUAUGGUGUGACGUCAUGAUCCGUAGCUAUCAUCAGUAGCCUCAGUAGCUAUCAUCGCUUUCGAUUUGUGAUUUCAACAGGGGAGCGUUCGGUGAUUACAUUAACACCGUUGUGCACAACCUCCAAUGGCGUAUUUUUCAUUUGUUCUUACAUGUCCUGUUAAGGACAAGUAAUAAUAAGUAAUCAUAGUGUCAGAUAAUAUUCCUGUUCUUGCAUCCUUCUACAGGUAGGCAGCAAGUCAUGAUAGGUGUGGUUCCUAUCAAUGUCAGUCAUGCAUCAAGUGAGAGCUGUAAAAGUGUCUACCCUAUAGCAAUUGCAAAUUGUGAGGAAAACAGGUGAUAAUAAUAAUAUUUAGGUCUUCAAUGGCUAAAAUAUCACUUUAAGAAAUGCAUUUAGCAGACUGCUAAAUGCACUAUUAUGAUUUCAUAAUUCAAUGCCCAUCAUUAAGUUAGGAGUUCAAUUAAAUGAGUUUAAACUGGUUUUUUUUUUCUGUAGGAUCAAUGUUGAAGCCCUAAUAAAGGAAAUCAUUGCCCAAAAAAUGCCAUCAAGAAAAAUGGAAUAACUAUUCAUGGAAGACACUUUAAAGUCAAAUUUAAAGGUGAUUAAAUAUACUUUCCUAGGCCACUGUAGGGCCAAGGGAAAAUAUCCAGCUUAUUUCUGGAGUUCCUUUAUAUAUUGAAGUUAUAUUUAUUUUCAGAAUUACAUGUAUUUCUUUCUUCUGUUUGCUAUUAAAACAUAUAGUAUAAUAAUAAUAUUGUAGAAUACCUCCAUCUGCUGAAUUUGUAAGUGCCUAAUGUUUCACGUGAGCACUGGACUCCAGAUCAAGCAGUCCGGGUUGAGACCCUAGCAGAGGCCAUUGUGUUGUGUUCCUGGGCAAGACAUUCAACUUUCACAGUGCUUCUCUCCACCCACAAAUAAUAUAAAUGUAUAUGAAUGUGUAUCAAUUGGCAAAUUUAAUGCUGGGCAGGGAUAACCCUUUUAUUGACUAGCAUCCCAUCCAGGGUGAAGUAGAAAUACUCCUAGUCCCUUAGUGCUACUGAAAUCUGGAUAAGCUUCGACGCUGGUGGGUGACUUCUGGGCCCAAACCCAGACCUUACCUUACUUAAUAAGGGAGACAUAGUGAUCUGCAUUGUAAUUAUCAGUGGUGAGUGUACUGAACUUGAGAUCUAGUGAUCUGGGUUUCAAGUCCUGGCCAGAGUAAUUGUGUUGUAUUCAUAGGCAAUACUCACAGUGUCUGAGCUCAGGGGAUUGAAAAAGUACCAGUGAACUUAAUCCUGGCAUGUACAACCCUUUGAUGGGCUAGCGCCCCAUCCAGGUGCGCAUAGAAAUACUCUUGUCACUUUAUGCUCCUGAAUCCAAGGUAAGGCUACAAAGCCUGAUGGGCCACUAUAGGCUUGAAUGGCCCUUUACCUACUGCUAAAUUACUGACUCCAUCACCUUAAAAAAAACAAGACUUAAGAAUCAAUUUCCUCAUUCUCUUCUUGGAUGUGUUCCUAAAGAUUGUAACCAUCUGCAUUUCUAAGUCAGGCUGUAGAAAUGCUGAUGACAGCAAAUACAGACUGAUUAAUUAAAAUAAAAGGCAUUUUGGGAUGUGAUCCCAGAAGAAGCCUGUUAAUGGACAUUAAAAUCAUAUUUGUUAAUGUCGGGAUGUGACAUUCAAGAAAAUUUAAUUAUUCAUCUUGUUUUUUUAUGACAGUUAUGCUUGAUUACAAGGCAUUGAUAAUACUUAUCAAACGAAAGAGUGAAAAUAAUGAGUCAGAUGAAGAAAUGGAAGGUCUAUGUCAGAGAGGGUUGGACACAGAGUGCUGUGUGUUCUGUAAAGUUAUA